AUGGAUUUGAAAAAUAGUUAUUCGCAUACCUCUUUGAGGCCAAUAUAUGCAGGCAGUGGUGCUGUAGCCUCUAUAUCCGAAGAUGGUACUAUAUUAGCUACACCUUUAUUAGAUGAAAUAAAUAUCAUCAAGUUAAGCGCUGACGCAACUGUCGAAGGACUCGAUCACACCAAACAUAAUGCAUCACAAAUACUUCAUAAGAUAGAAAAUGAUGAUGAACAAGAAAUAACAGCUUUGGCAUUGACUCCAGAUGCACAAUAUCUGUGCUAUGUUUCCCAGGCGCAAUUAUUGAAAAUAUUUAAACUUUCAACAGGAAAAAUUGUCAAGUCUAUGAAAAUUUCAUCACCUUCAUAUGUAUUAGAAACUGAUCCAACCUCUACAUUGCUCGCAAUCGGCGGUACAGAUGGUUCCGUUACUGUUAUCGAUAUAGAAAAUGGGUAUAUAACACAUUCUUUAAAGGGCCAUGGUGCUACUAUCUCAAGUUUGAAAUUCUAUGGUGAACAACAUACUAAUACUUGGCUGUUAUCUUCAGGUGAUACCAAUGGUAUGGUUAAAAUUUGGGAUUUGGUUAGCAGGAAAGCCAUCCACACAUUACAAGAACAUAAUUCUGCUGUCAGAGGAAUUGACUUCAAACUUAUCGAAAAGAAGAACAGCGAGGAUUCGUUGCAGUUAAUAACCGGUGCAAGAGAUGAUGUAAUUAACCACUGGGAAUUCAAAGAUGUAACAAAUUUGAAAAGAUGUAAAUUAUUAAAGACUAUACCAGUGCACCAACAAAUUGAAGCUUGUGGUUUCAUUAUAAACAUUGAUGGUAUUGAUGACGAUCUAAUAUACACUUCUGGUGGUGAUGCUGUUCUUCAAAUUGUCUCAUUAAAUAAUAAUUCAAUAGUUAAAAAAUCUAAAAAGCCGCUUGAAGAGUUAUUCAUCAUCGGUGUUUUACCAGUCAGAAAUUUUACUCAACUAUAUCUAGUAUUUUCUGACCAAACAUUGCAAUUGGUUGAUUUGAAAGACACUUUUUCUAAUCCAAAAGAAUAUAUCGAAGUUGUAUCAUCGCUAGCUGGUAACCACGGCACAAUCGCAGAUAUGAAAGUUGUUGGUCCAAAUUUUGAUAAGUUAGCUUUGGCUACAAACUCUUCCACAUUAAGAAUAAUACCUAUCUCAGACGUCGAUGAUAGUAAUUCAGUCUCCAUCUCUACAGAAUUGUACGAAGGUCAUACCGAUUUAUUAAACGCUGUUGACGCUACCGAAGAUGGUUUAUGGAUUGCCACAGCUUCUAAAGACAACUCUGCUAUUUUAUGGAGAUACAACCCACGCACCACCUUAUUUUGUAAAUAUGCACAUUUCCAAGGCCAUGUUUCUUCAGUGACCUCUGUUGGUUUACCUAAUGUUAUGAAUAAAGGUUGGCCUGAAUAUUUAAUCACCGCAUCUAAUGACUUGACAGUGAAGAAAUGGAAAGUUCCUAAACCAACUGACAGGUUUGAUAUUGAAAUAUAUUCUAUCAGUUCGUCAGAAUACACCCGUAGAGCUCACGAAAAGGAUAUAAAUAUGCUUUCAAUUUCCCCAAACGAUUCUAUCUUUGCUACCGCAUCAUAUGAUAAAACUUGUAAGAUUUGGGAUCUUGAAACAGGUGAACUAAAAGCCACAUUGAAUAAUCACAAACGUGGUUUAUGGGAUGUCUCUUUUUGUCAAUAUGAUAAAUUUAUUGCUACUGCAUCUGGUGAUAAAACUGUUAAGAUUUGGUCGCUGGACACCUUCACAGUUGUAAAGACUUUAGAAGGUCACUCAAAUGCUGUCCAAAGGUGUUCUUUCUUUAACAAACAAAAACAAUUAGUAUCAACUGGUGCAGAUGGUCUAGUUAAGCUUUGGGACUGCUCGACUGGUGAAUGCAUAAAUACUUUAGAUGGUCAUGAUAACAGGAUAUGGGCUUUGAAUGUGAUCAAAGAUGGUGACAUAGUAAUUACUGCUGAUGCAGAUGGUGUCUUCCAAUUUUGGAAGGAUCGUACUGAAGAAGCCAGAGAAGAAGACAUUGAAAAAGAAAAAUUAAAGGUUGAACAAAUGCAAACAUUAGAGAACUAUAUAUCCAGCGGAGACUGGACGAACGCCUUCUUGUUAGCGAUUACAUUAGAUCACCCAGCAAGACUUUAUAAUGUUCUAAAACAAUCAACAAGAGGGGUAGCUACAAAUCUUUAUGACGAAGAUGGAAACAAAAUCAUUUUCAACAAAGAGUUGGAUAAUGUUAUUUCUACAUUAAACGAUGAACAAUUGUUAAUGCUAAUGCAAAGAUGUAGAGAUUGGAACACAAAUGGACGUACGCAUUCCGUUGCACAAAAAACCAUCAACUGUAUCUUAACAAAAUACAAUAUUAGUAAACUAUCAGACAUAUCUGGAAUGAUGAAGGUGAUAGAUUCCAUUUUACCAUACAGUCAAAGACACUUCAACAGAGUAGAUAAUUUGAUAGAAGAAAGUUACAUUCUAGAUCAUGCAUUAGUUGAGAUGGAUAAGUUAUUCUAA